AUGGCAUGGCUCCGGGCGAUCUACCCUCCACAGGGAUUACCAUCUCCAGAGCAUCUACAAGAAGUGGAAUGUCUGGCGCGGGAGUUUCGCAUGGAGGCGCUGCUUCACCAAAUGAAGUUGGGUAUUGCGGCCUCUUUCGACUUGUCUGAAGUGGCCGCCCUCGAACAAGAGGCCAUGCGGAGGGGCGCAUUCGACUCCCCGAUCGCAUCUAUCGUGCUGGAAGCUAUGUCAGAGUUCGCUCUCGACGAGCUGAAGGAGAUGCCGGGCUACAAUGACUUGUCUGUAUCCGUGAAGCUUCAGGUGGCACGCCAAAGAGUGGCACUGCUCGAGCGCAUCCUUGAGCAUGACCGAGCGGACCUCGAGUCGCGACACGGUGCAAGCACGAAGCAGAAGGUCGUGCGUGCCUGUGUCCUUGCCCAUCCGCAGCUCUUCCGUGCCUGUCCGGAAGGCCUGCGA